AUGUCAAAGGAUAUUAAACAAUAUAUACUUUACAACAAAUUAAUUCAGGCUAUAUAUGCUCAUCGCAGAGCUAUAGAUUUGACCAAUAUUUUGACGAACAGUUUUGCAACAUUAUAUUUCGUGUUAUUAGGAUUUGCUUUGGCUUCGAUGAGUCUCAAUUUCAUUAAUUUUUAUAAUGCAAUAAUAGCCCUGGAGGAAGUGGAUAUAUUGGUAUUCGGCGUUCUUAUAUUUGCAGAAUUAUAUUAUAUAUUUCUAGGAAAUUAUGUUGGACAAAAUGUCAUAGAUAGCAGCAUUGGCAUUUGUCAAGCAACAUAUAAUGCACAGUGGUAUGCUGCGCCAUUAUGUAUGCAAAAACUGAUACUAUUCAUAAUGCAAAGAAGUCAAAGGAAGAGUGCUUUAACAGCUGGAGGUUUAUUUGAUGCAUCGUUAGAAGGUUUCGCUAUGCUCAUGAGUAUGUCUACAUCCUACGUUAUGGUCCUUCAAUCUAUGGGAGUACACAAAGAAAGUCACGAAAAACAUAAUAAUCACGUUUAA